AUGUGGUACAACAAAGUGUCUUCAUGUUUCGUUCUGGUUGUAAUGCGCGUUGUCCAGGCUUCUGUCUGCAUUACCAUUAUCGGACUGACUGGGGCUUGUAUCGCCCGUAUUCCGGAGACUGAAACAGCAACUCCUCGCUUCCUCAUUACUAUCGAAUGGUCUGCAUGCGUCACCCUCGUUGUAGUCCUCGGCUUCCUCAUUCCACCAUCACGAGCUUACUUAAAGGCACAAGUUUACAUGGAAGCACUAGCCGAUAUUCUGUGGACGACCAUGUGGAUGAUCCAUUGUGUAUUUUUGCUCAACUUUAUUGACACUCCGGACUGCAUAGAGACGAGGAGUGCUAUUGACAGUACCUGUUUGAUCUUAAAAGUCAACCUCGGCUUUUGCCUCCUUCUUGGGCUAUCACUCUUUGGCAGCAUCAUCCUUGUUUUCUAUGUAGUGUAUCGUCGGAAGUAUCCUCACAGUAACACUAAUCCAGACGAGCAGCGCUGGUACAACUUUAGGAAUUGA